AUGAAUAGCUAUUUGAAAAGACAAGUUCCAAAUGAAGUUAAAAGCUGGAUGCUAAAAGAUGGUACUGUUCGUCAAUUAGCAGAAAAUUCACGUAUAAUAUCAAACAAUACGAGACAAAAUGUUAUCUUAAGUCGACAAUUUUUAUCGGAUGCAUUGAAUAUGUCUUAUGAUCGAUAUCGUUUAAUACUUAAAAACGAUUUUGAUAAGAAAUUGUUUUUAAAAAAACAAAAAGCAAAAGCAGAAAGAUCAAUGCCGGGUCUAAAAGCCCAUGUAGAAGAAUUAACUGCAGAUCUCAAAAACGGUAUUACUCCAAGUUUAAAUAAUUAUACUCGUUCCGAAACAUGGUUAUCAAGCGCUUCUCAAUCACCCUUCAAAUUCGCUCAGACAUCUGAUCCGACAUUUAACAAAAAACCAUUCCAAAAAUUCAAUCGAGCAGCAACAACUGUAGACAACAGAGCAAAAAAUGAAAAUAUACUGAAUAGAACUCAAAGCGAUAUUCUAAUUACAAAAGUAAGUAGUGCCGAUAUUAACAAAAAUGACCGACAAAAUGGUACUCUGGCAAAAUUUGAAAUUUCCGAAACGGAUCUAAGCAAAAUACAAGAUGCACACAGCACCAUGAGUACGGAAGUAAAUCUGCCAAUGACAGCUAAACCUGUUCUACAACAGAACAUGCAAAAAACAAUAAUUUCCUCUGAUUCUAAACAAUCACGUCCAACUUCAUCGAGGAAAAAAACAUCAAUAUCGAGAGUGAGAUUAAACCAGCUAGCAAUGCCACGAUCAAGUCGAGUUAUGUUACCGUUCGGACGCCAAUCGAGGAGAAUAUUAAACAAAGUAACAUCAUCCCAGCUAUUCGGUUCACUUGAGGAAAGUUUAAUUGAAACACCACGAGAAUCAACAAUAUCUGCUAUUGAUGACUCAAGUUCGGCCACACACGAUAAAAGAUUUCGACGAUUAAUGACAACCUUUUCGGAAUCCUAUCGUGCAAAAAAUUCGGAUCAGAAUGAUAUUAGAACUAUUGUGUCGGAUAAUCCUUCGCUUCAAGAUACUUCAGGUCAUUGGCAAUCAAAUGAAAAUGCAUUCAAACUUGAACAAUUAAGACACAAACGUGAAAUAUUAGUCAAACAGUUUCCGAAAGACAUAUUUUGGAUGGACGUAGCAGCCUGA